AUGCCCGACAAGUGCCGCAAAAUGUUCUGCGAUGAAAUCAAGCCUGCUCUGCAAUGCACUUCUGAUCGUUUUGCACUGGGAAUGUGCUCGAAGGAGGGGGAUUUGCAUAAGUUCCAUGUUGACUAUUUUUUGUUUUCCGCGAUUACCACUAAACGUGCGAGUGAAUGGACGGAUGGUUAUCCCAUUAUUAAAGCGAUUCCUCAGACAAAUUGUGAGAAGGGUCAGUUGAAGUACAUGACUGGCAGUGUUGUGGGGAAGGAAUCACGAUGUCUGAAGGGUGAGGAUCUGACACUGAAAAUGCCAAGUGGCAAACCGCCUGUUGGUGAUAUUUGUGCGGAUGUGAAGUGUGAGAACAACAAAUUAUUGGUUAAGUACAGUGGUAGUAACGCUUGGCAAGAAUGCAAGGAUGGAAAGAUUAAUGUCACGGGCAGCUCAGAGUUCACGGGUGGGAGCAUCUUGUGUCCCAACUAUACUGAAGUUUGCAAUAACUUUACUGAGAUCGAUGUCACUCCCAUCAAGUACGAUGACGAUGAGAAAAAAAAAUGGAUGAGGAGGAUGAGAAAGCGAAACUCGAAAUGGAAAAAGCGACUUUAA